AUGUCGGCAAGGAAGGAAAAGCUUCGAGCGUGUCUGCGCUGUCAAUUUGUUCAGUCACCAAGAGACUUUCACCUGAAAGGGUGUCCCAACUGCGAACCGGUUCUCGAGAUGCAAGGCAGUCAAGACCGAGUGGCCGAAUGCACGACGUCCAACUUUGACGGGAUGAUCUCAAUGCUGCGACCCGAGGAGAGCUGGGUCGCCAAGUGGCAGCGCAUCGAAAAGCGCUUGCCAGGCCUCUACGCAGUCAAGGUGGUCGGCAGGCUACCCGAAGGCACCGAAGCCUGA